AUGGCGGCCGACAAAGCGGGCCCCUCGACGCAAAACAGCGGAGACGCUGACAAGGAGCUCUCGUCCAAGCUCCAGGACCUCUCGACGCACGACGAGGGCGAUUCGGACGACAGCGGUGAUGAGGAGGCGAACAACGCUGGACCCGCCGAGGCCGGCGCCGCCAAGAAGAAGAAGAAGAACAAGAAGAAGAAGAAGGGAAAGGGAAAGAGCACUGAGCUCAGGUUAGCUAUCAAGCAGGCGUUAAAGGCUACCGACUUCCUGAAGCUCCUCGAGAGCCAGCUCGGCAUGGAGGGCCAGGCCAAGGCUGUCGCUGACCACAAGCCUGUGCUUCAGAACGAGGGAGACGAGGUGAAGGAGGGACCAAUCGAGCACAAGACGGUGGCCGAGGUCAAGAAGGAGCCGGGAGCUCUUCCGGCUGGCUUUGAGUGGAGCAUUAUCGACGUCAAGGACGACGCCCAGGUGCACGAGCUCCUGACGGAUCACUACGUCGAGGACGACGUUGCUAUGUUCCGUUUCCGCUACUCGAAGGAGUUCCUUCUCUGGGCCCUGACGCCGCCCGGAUACUACAAGGAGUGGCACAUCGGCGUGCGCGUGCAGAAGACGGGCAAGCUCAUCGCCUUCAUCUCCGGUAUCCCCGUCGAGCUGCGAGUGCGCGACAACACGUUCAUGAACGCCGAGAUCAACUUCCUGUGCGUGCACAAGAAGCUGCGUGCGAAGCGCCUCGCCCCCGUCCUGAUCAAGGAGGUGACGCGCCAAGUCAACCUGACGGACAACUGGCAGGCGAUCUACACUGCGGGCGUGCGCAUCCCCACCCCCUUCAGCACGUGCCGCUACUACCACCGCAACCUGAACCCGCCGAAGCUGGUCGAUAUCGGCUUCUCGCCCAUCCCGCGCGGCUCGAGUAUCGCGCGUAUGGUGAAGCAGUGCGCCGUCCCGACCACGCCGAGCACGCCUGGCUGGCGCGCCAUGACCCAGGCCGACGUGCCGCAGGUCGCUAGCCUGCUGAGGAGGUACCUGGCCCGGUUCCAGAUCUACCAGACGUUCUCGCACGACAGCGAGGUCGAGCACUGGUUCCUGUCGGGCAUGGGGCGCGAGGUCGACGGAAAGCGCGUCGAGCAGGUCGUGUGGACCUAUGUCGUUGAGGACCCCGAGUCGCACGAGAUCACGGACAUGAUGUCCUUCUACUCGCUGCCCUCGACGAUCAUGCAGCACCCGAAGCACGACGUGCUCAACGCAGCGUACAUGUACUACUACGCGACGGACUGCAUCCUCUCCGGCGAGGGCUCUUCCUCCUCCUCGGACGCCGACAGCGCCAAGACGACGGCCAAGCUGAGCGCGCGCUUGAAUGCGCUCGUCGCCGACCUCCUCGUCAUGGCCAAGAGCGAGGGCUUCGACGUCGUCAACACCCUCACCCUCAUGGACAACAACCUCUUCCUCCAGGACCAGCGCUUCGGCGGCGGAGACGGAUACCUCAACUACUAUCUUUACAACUACACGACGGCGCCGAUCGACGGCGGCGCGAGCGGGACGCAGAGCAGGCAGACCUCCGGCAUCGGCGUCGUCAUGCUCUAG